ACCAUAUUUACUAAAACAUUUCAUCCUUGUCUCUUUUUCUCUUCAAGUUUUUGUCUAAAAUCAACUUUCAACACAUUUGCAAAUGGAUAUGAUGUUUGUUCCGUGGUUAGAAAAAUUGCUAUCCAUUACUACAUUUUUUACCGUAUGUAAGAUGCAUCCAGACGAGCCAAAAAAUGAGUGUAACAUGUUUUGUCUCGAGUGCAAUGACAAUCCGUUUUGUGGUUCUUGCAUAGCGUCUGAUCACAAAGAUCAUCAUGUGAUCCAAAUUCGAAGGUCGUCUUAUAAUGAGGCAAUUAAGACCAGCGAUAUAUAUAAGCUCGUUGACAUCCUUGGAAUACAAACAUACAUAAUAAACAGUUUUACUGUAGUAUUCAUUAACAAGAGAGAUCGUAGCCAACCGAAGAGGAACAAUGUUGGUAAAUUUGGUUACAUGAGCGAUUCUCUUUGUAAGAUUUGUAAAAAAAGUCUAGUGGAUCCUACUUACUUCUGCUCUUUGGCGUGUAAGUUUGCAUCAAUAAAAAAGGAUGGAGGCUUUUCCGUAAGUGCCAAAGAGAAGAAAGAAUUGGAAGCUUUGUUAGAAAAAUCGAUCAAGGCAACACUAUCAAAAGAGAAGGCAAGCAAAUCGAGCAAACAAAAUCAAAAACGAAAACUAGAUGAAGCAGGCGUUGCUGAAGAAAAUGAUCAAGAGAAAGAGGAAAAAGAAGAAGAUACAAAAAAUGUUGGAGAAGAUGACAACAACAAAGAAAGUGUGAUUCCGGUCAAUCCUCCACCAAUUUCAAAACGCAAGCCUAAUUCAAGGAGAAAAGGAAUACCUCAUAGGGCACCCUUUUUUUAAGGCCGCUAUCAAAAAAUAUAAAUAAAUUUAAAUAAUAUCAUGUCAUAGAUUUCUUCUGAUUGACAUUUAUGCUAUCGUGAUAAUAAAUUUUUUAUGAAUAUUUGAUUAGUUCAAUAAUA